CUUACAGACAGUCUUCUCCUCAGCGACAGCACUAGUAUGUUGGAUUUGGGAGAUGCAAAGAAGCAGGCGCCUGUCUGUGUAGAAGUGUGUGGCAUUUGACAAUGGACUAUUGAAUAAGAGAGAGAGAGAGAGAGGGGAGAGACCUUGUAGCUUGAUUGAAACGGGGGACCGUAGCGACUGUGCCAUGGAAGGGUCAUACAACUCAAAGAAAGUGCUUCCUCAGCGGCCAGGAUUUCGGCACCAUAGAAAAGAGAACUAUGUGUGCCGCGAUGCCCUGUCCCGGCAGUCUACAGAGUGUAGUGAGGUCCAGGAGGUGAGCCAGUCCCAGCUGCAGCAGCCCAGGGUGAAGCUGAACGGCUCCACUGUGGAGACACCCAGUCACCACGACCUGCACCGCGAACUGUUGGUCAGCACCAAACGAGGUCUGUUGCCAGGAGAGAAGCCUGAGCUGAAGCGAGUCCUGGAACAGAGGAGGCUGGAGCAGCACAGAGAGCAGGAACUGGCUCUACAGCCUCCUCUGGAACUGGAGACGGAGCUACGCAAGAGACAGCAGAUACUGCUGGAUUAUGAGCAGGAGGAGAUCAGGCGCAGGGAGGAGCAGGAGAGAGAAGUCCCUGAGUUUGUGCGUGUAAAGGACAACCUGAGGCGCACGCAGGUGUCUGGGCAGUGACGACCAGUUGACGCGCCGCCCCGUCCCGUCCGCCCCCGCAGCCUCUCACCACGGAGGCCCUGGCUGCAGUCCGUUUCUUCACCCAAGAGUCCAAAGAGUGCACUUGUUCACCUCCCCCACCACAAUGGUUCUGCCAUCGCAAUGAAUCCAUCCUCCUGUUUCUCCCUCCACCAGCCUCCACUGCUAUCCAUAUCCUACAGCUAUAUGAUGAGGACCAACUUCACUGCAGCAAGUUACUGAAAAGACUUCUCCUAGGACUGAUAUGCAUCUCUUGCUGGACUAUUAUACUGUGUGGAAAAAGUCCAUUUUUAUUUAACCAGGUAAGUCAGUUAAGAACAAAUUCUUAUUUUCAAUGACGGCCUAGGAACAGAGGGUUAACUGCCUGUUCAGGGGAACAACGGCAGAUUUGUACCUUGUCAGCUCGUGGGUUUGAACUUGCAACCUUCCGGUUACUAAUCCAACGCUCUAACCACUAGGCUACCCUGUCGCCCCAAUAAGCAAUGUAGGAAAACCAGUCAGUAGGUUUUAUAUAAAGAAUGUGAGUGAAAAUACAUAAACUCAGCAACAAAAGAAAGAUCCUCUCACUUUCAACUGCAUUUAUUUUCAGCAAACUUAACAUGUCUAAAUAUUUGUAUGAACAUAACAAGAGUCAACAACAGACAUAAACUGAACAAGUUCCACAGACAUGUGACUAACAGAAAUGGAAUAAUGUGUCCCUGAACAAAAUGGGGGGGUCAAAAUCAAAAUUAGCAGUCAGUAUCUGGUGUGGCCACCAGCUGCAUUAAGUACUGCAGUGCAUCUCCUCCUCAUGGACUGCACCUGUUUUGCCCAGUCUUGCUGUGAGACAUUCCUGUCUUGCAGGAAAUCACGCACAGAAUGAGCAGUAUGGCUGGUGGCAUUGUCAUGCUGGAGGGUCAUGUCAGGAUGAGCCUGCAGGAAGGGUACCACAUGAGGGAGGAGGAUGUCUUCCCUGUAACGCACAGUGUUGAGAUUGCCUGCAAUGACAACAAGCUCAGUCCGAUGAUGCUGUGACACACCGCCCCAGACCAUGACGACCCUCCACCUCCAAAUCAAUCCCUCUCCAGAGUACAGGCCUCAAUGUAACUCUCAUUCUUUCGACGAUAAACGCGAAUCCGACCAUCACCCCUGGUGAGACAAAACCGCGACUCGUCAGUGAAAAUCACUUUUUGCCAUUCCUAUCUGGUCCAGCGACCGAUCCUUUGCAGGUGUUGUUACACGUGGUCUGCCACUGUGAAGACGAUCAGCUGUCUGUCCUGUCUCCCUGUAGCGCUGUCUUAGGCAUCUCACAGGACAAACAUUGCAAUUUAUUGCCCUGGCCACAUCUGCAGUCCUCAUGCCUCCUUGCAGCAUGCCUAAGGCACGUUCACUGAACAUGUUCAUUGAACAAGCAUGGGAAACAUUUUCAAAUGAUCUUUUAAUUAUCUUUGAAAGACAGGGACCUGAAAAAGGGACGUUUCUUUUUUUGCUGAGUUUAUGUCUACUGUGAACAAUGUGUAUGUUAAGGACAAAUAUCUUAUUUUAUUUAUGAUUAGAUGUUUUUCUUUUUCUACGUUUAAAAAAAUAAUAUUACUAGAAAAAUGAUUCACUUUUAGUUUUGAAGUCUGUAUUCAACACAAGCAAUUGGUUUACAGCAGCAUGGCAUCAUAAUGUGGUGUGUGUGUUCAUUUUCAUUUGUUCAUUUCUUUCAAAGGCCAUAUACUAAGUAUACCUUACUCCACUAUUGGACACAGGGCAGUGACGGAAACUCUGAACUCUCUUUAUGUAAUGCAGUUAUGUUCUCUUUUCAGUUGUCACUCAUAUAGCUAAACCCCCAUAAUCGCAGAUGUUAUGUGUAUUAGUCCUAUUCGUUUAAUUAAAUUGUUUGUUUGUCUGUU